AUGGGACCAUUUUUCUGCUUGCCACCAGGUCCUGCUGCCUCUCUGUGUCCCCCCAGGCCCUGGAGACGCCUCAGCAGGAGGAUGAGCUUUUGUGCAUGCUGGAUUCCUGCUGCCACCUCACUUGGCACCUUGAUACUCUACCCUCUCCUCUUGCUGGCCCUUUACACCAUGCUCAGCAGGAAAAUUGCCCAGCAUUCCUGCAGGAUGCAGGGGAGCAGCAGCCCUGGGGAGCAUCCCAGCCCUCACCCCAGCCCAGCUCCGGGAGGGGACACGGCACAGAAACACCCCGGGGCACAAAAACCAUCAGCAGCCUACGCAGGGAGCAGUGACACAUCUUCAGACACCUCGGAGGACUCGGACAACCCUUCCUGCCCUCAGGGCCCUGGCUUAGAGGAAAACAUUAAUUACACAUCCCUGGUGUUCCCAGAGAAAGGCCACGAGCCAGGCUCUGCCCAGGACUACGAGAACAUGAAGUCUGGGAUGGAUUAUGUCAACGUGGACCCGAAGAAGAGGAAAACACAUUUCUGGCCCUUCUCCAGCCCCAGGGCAUCCAAGGGUGUGGAGUACACCGAGGUGAAGCUGUGA